AUGUGCUGGCGGGCUGGCAUAAGUAUUUUCUUCUUUCCCUCCCUCCUCCUCUUCUACAUUCCCAACAACCACGACAUCCCGGUACCUCCAGCACAUAACGACAACUUUCACUCUUACUUUACCACAGCCCGGGAACAGAUUGACAUCAUGAAGCAGGGCCGCUUCAAUGCGUCGCUGCUACUGCUGGCCAGCAUUGCAGCAUGGUGCGCGGCAGUGCCACUCAAUGGCACCACAAGCAUCGCGCGGCGCAUGGACCCAGACGAUAUGGGUCCCGAAGAAGUCGUGAAUCGCAUGGGCGAGCUGCACAGUGUUGGUGGCUGUUGGAUCAAUUAUAUGAUCAUGCCCGUGCUGCCCAACAUGAACGAUGUGCGUGACCUUGCCAUGCGCCACGUUCUUCCCUCUGGCUGGUCCCGAAAUGAUAGAACCGGCGAGCGGCUUCCUCCGCCCGUGCAAGAAAUUCACAAGCUUGACGGCGUCCAAGGUCUUCGACAAAUGGAUACGCACCCCACGCCGCCGGUUUCGUUGCACCGAGCGGGAUGGGUCUGGGCAGAGCUGGACCAUAAUCGUCGGUAUUUGUAUGAUGGAACCCAGGAGCCUCCCGCGGGAUGGUCUUUCCAUGGUCUCUACAACAGGCAUCAGCGAGCCAUCGUCAUCACAAGGGCAUACGGCAAGGACAUCAACACCACUCCCUACCCGCUGCCACCAACACACGACCAAUUCCUCCAGCGCCCUCCCGGAAUUUACGAAUGGAGCCAGUUGACCUGGAUGGAGUUUAGAAAAAUCCAAAUGCGCGAACAUUGCAAGCCCAUUCGCACAGCCAUGUUCCCAGCCCUCGAAGGCACCCCCGAAGACGUCUACUUCUUCCGCUACGCCGGUAAUCGUCUCCGAAAUUCGAACGUCCCAUUGCCACCAAAGCCCGGCUUCACGUUCCCGAUCGGAUCUUACGGCCAUCAGCUUCUGCUCGGCACGCCGCUGGGACAGCAGAUGUCGAGGUUGAUGUACGAGAACAAGCACAUCACCGACCCGUCCGUCAUUGUCGCUAUCCAUGUCUGGGAUUCUGGAGCGCCAGGAGGUAUGAUGCCGACCGUCGUGUUCUCUGCUGAGAGGUAUGAUGCGAGGAUUCGAGAUAUGAGGCAGGCGAAUCUUGACGCUGGUGGAGACGAGCCCAUGUUCAACGACUGGCCUCACAAGUUUCUGCCCAAUUUUGUGCGGCGAGAGAGGGCUCCAAGGGGAGCACGAUGA